AUGGAGGAACCGGAAGACACCGAGGAGGGUACCAACUCUUCUGCGAACUCGCCCUCAGCGUCCUCAGCGUCUGGCAAGAGACAUUGCAUGGAGAUGCUCGCGGAGAAGCCGGUAUAUCUUCGUCAGAAAGAAAAAAUUAUAUACCCAAGGAAUACUAGGACCCUGGCCAAGACAGCGGUAAUUGGAGGGAAACCGAUCGAAGAGGAGACCUGCAUGGCUCUGAGAGCUGUGGUUUACGGAAGUUCUGCCAGUCCACCGAAACCAGAAUGGGCUAGAACCGGAUUAACCCUGAGACCUUACGGGCAAAGUUUGGCAUUUGGAUUACGAGCGCCUAGGAACACGACCAGAGGACUAGUCACCGCUGUCCAGGCCAUCAUGCUAAAGCAUUUCCUCUUCAAGUGCAACGGAAAAGACGUCCGUGCUAACCCAGAUAGCCAGCUGAAACCUUCUUAUGACCGACAAAUCGAUGUCCUCACUUCGGCGAUAGCCGAGAUCAUUUGGCGAUGCGCGGGUGGAUUUGUGGUGCAAAGCACCGGUUGCACGGCGAAUCAAAAUGUCGCUGGAAACGCGAACGUUCCCAGAGCUGUCGUCGUGUUGCCCCAAGAGACACCCUAUUUGCAGCACAGCGUGCAAUAUUUCCAGGAUGGACUGACAGAGACGCUCCACCUGUUCGAGUUUGAUUCUCUCCAGGAUCUCGAGAUAUUCGUCAAGAGAUAUUUAUACUUGUUCCAUGACGAGGGUGGCCCCGGUGCCAAGUUACUUCUGUACAGCGCUGUGCUUUCUAGAGGUCUUUCGAAGGUACGAGCGGACCUAGAAGAACCCAAGGCAUCGAUAUUAAGCGGCUGCCCAGAGGAAGGGCCCAUCAGCGUGGUGAUCCUGUCGUUAACCGGUCGUGCAUCGCCUCACCUUCACAAUGGGGUGCUCCACGUCGGGGACGAGAACACAUAUGCCGUGCCACAAUGGGGCGUUCUCGUGAGAAGCGAAAUAGGGUUUCUGGUUCACGAGGGGGAUGGGCAAAUGAGCAGGCAACCGGGCUCCCGGCUGAAGACACCCAGUCUACCCAUCUGGGUCACUCUGUGCCAUGGUCACCAUGGUGUUCUAUUUAACACGAAUCGAGAAUUGCUUCGAAAUUAUCACGCUGAACGCAGGUUCGAGGUGCAAUACUUCACCUGCGGCGGCAGCCACGCCACAAUGACCGUGGACACUAGGUCGAACUCUGGAAACGAUUCGGAAUUCGAGGGUUCGAGCAAAGAGCUCACGGACAUCGCUGCGACCCCUUUGGAGAAGCUUAUUCGCUCCAAAUGGCAAGACGCUUGCGUACAGUGGAACGGUGCACCCCUGAUGUGA